AUGAAGGGCUUUGUCGGUGGAAUUCCUUUGGCCCUGUUGGCUGCCGCUGCUCAGGCUCAGGCCAUGGAGCAUCACGCUCCAACCAGCAACGGGGUACAGGCCCGCCACCUUUACCCUCAUAGCGGUGGCACCGCGAUGGGUGGCCCCUCAGGCAAUGAUGAGGAUGGUGGCUUCACUAGCCCAUAUGCGGCCAACGUUCACACUCACACCAAUGUUGAUGAGUAUAGCAAGGACGACCACUCCAUCAAGGUGAAGAACAAGGAUGUAUACCCGCCUCCACCCGCCCCUGGUCCCUAUGGGCCUGUCUUUGGACCGGGUGAGGGUCCCUUCCCCAAGCGUCAUUGGCGACACGGCGGCACUGCCAUGGGUGGUCCUUCUGGUAAUGAUGAAGGCCAGACCUUUGACAUGCCCAUCACUGCCAACAUUCACACCGAUGUCGACGAGUACCAGAAAGAUGAUCACUCUAUCAAGGUGAAGAACAAGAACAUCCAUCCAGCUCCAGUCUACGCCCCGAUUGCGCCUGGCUUCCACGGCCCCCCUGCCGGUUUCCGUGAGGGUUCCAGCCAGGGUGGUGAGCAUUACCACGUUCCUGCUGAAGCUUUUGUCAAGCGCUGGGGUCCCGAGGUUGGUGGCACUGCUAUGGGCGGCCCUAGUGGUGGCAGCGCCCACGGCUUCAAUGGGGGCUUUGUCUCCGGUGGCACGGCUGAGGGUGGCCCUUCUGGUGAUGAUGAGGGCGAGGACUUCGGUAACCCUAUCACGGGCGAUUUCAACACCGACGUCGAUGAGUACAGCCACGAUGAUCACUCAAUUGACCUGAAACACAAAGAUGUGUACCCUGCCCCUGUGAUUCCGUUCGGUGGUUUCAAGCGCAGCUGGGAGCCGGAGGAGGGUGGCACCGCUAUGGGUGGUCCCUCCGGAAAUGAUGGUGGUCAGACUUUCUCUGCCCCCAUCACCCUCGAUACCUCUACCGAUGUCCACGAGCACUAUCAAGAUGACCACUCCAUCGACCUCAAGCACGAAGAUGUCUAUGAGGAUCCUCCAGUUGCCGCAUUCCCUGUGGUGGGAGGUCCCGGUCCCUACAUCUCGGGGGGUGGUCCCGGCCCUUUCCGUCGUGCCUACUCUCCUGAUCGUGUUGCUGGAGGUGGAACUGCAAUGGGCGGUCCUUCUGGUGAUGACGAGGGAAGCUCUUUUGAAAACCCCACCUCUGUUGGCAUUGAUACGGGUGUGAAUGAGCAUCACGAGGAUAACCACGCCAUCAAGGUUGACAGCACCACUGUCCACCCUCCCGUGUAUGAGGUCCCCCACAUGCCCUGGAUGCCUUACCCCGAGCACCCUGUUCAGCACCCCGAGACGGUCGUUGUGCCGCUGGCCCAUCACUACGAAGCUCCUGCUUCCCCACCGGCUCCUGCUGCUCCUGCUGGUCCCCCUGCCGGUUCUUUCGAGCCUCACUGGGAGCGGCCUGCUCCACCUCAGGCUCCUCGUGAGGACCACGAGGAGGUUCCCCAAUGCGCCGCCCAAGUCCACGAAGUUGUCCGCACUGUGACCAAGACCCAGUACAAGGAGGUCCAUCCCACCAAGACUGUUUACGCGCAGCCUGUCGUUUCUCAGGUUGUCCAAACCAGCGCUGCUGUCCCUAUGUCGGCUACCCCGGAGGAGGUUGUCGACCCCAAGGUGGUCUACUCUGCGCCCGCCAUGCACGGUUCUCAGUUUGCCUCGGUCCCUGCUGCUCCUUCCUCGUCCUAUGUUCCUUACCAAAGCUACAACUACAUGCCUCAGCGCCCCGCCAGCUCCAGCGCUGCCUAUUCCAUGAUCCCGGUGCAUGUUCCUAUGGCAUCAUCCUCCAGCAUGAUGCCCAUGGCCACUCCCUCCAGCAGUAUGGGUCUCAACCUGCGGCCUAGCGGUGCCGAUGCUAUGCACAGUGCGUCGGCGACCCCCUCCGGCCACAUGUUUACUGGUAAUGCUGCUCGCGUCUCUGGUGGCAUUGCUUCGGUUGCCGCUGCUAUUGUUGGUGUUCUCGCCUUCGUUCUGUAA